AUGCUGCGACGCGGCGUCUCGACAUGGAAGGAGACCCAGGGCCUCCCCCACACCACCAUCACCGCACCUCACCACUCGCAACAAAUCGCCUGGUCCAAUCCUCCACCGCAACCACCAGCGCCCGCUGGUGAAACCUUCGCCUUGUCGAACAACUCGCUCUCCUCGCACACUCCAAAACCUCGUCCUUCCAGCGCCGCAGACGUGUCGAGAAUACGCCCCUCGUCUGCGACUAACGACCGCCACGACCUUAACGCGCCCACGACCCCUACCCAGCAACAGCAACGCCAGCAGUCAAACGUCUCCAGACCGCUGCCAAUCCAGACUCCGGACCCCGUCGAGCGACUUUCUACGCCGUCCUCGCAACCACGAAGCCUUCGCCGAACUCCCAAAUUCGAGGCACCUCCGAGCCCUGCCCCUGAGUCUCGCAAAGUCCAUCUCGCCGCCGCCUCGAUUGGCUUCGCGCCCAAGGCGACCCUCGCGGCCGUCAACGACUUGCCUGAGAAUCACCCAACUGUGUUGGGUCUCAUCCCGCUCCACUCGGUGCCCCAACAAGCUCCCCGUCGCCGGCGACGGCUCUCGCAGGAUCUGACCGAAGAUCCCGACGAGGUGUCUUCAGAACAUCCUCAAUCCCCUCCGAGACAAAAGACUCCUUCUGUAACUGCAGACCGCCCCGACCCACACCCCGUGGUCCGCAUCUCCAAGCACACCCACAGCGCCAUCCUCUUUGCCCUCGAGGAGGCGCUGCGCAACCCCAACCCCUUCACUCCAGAUCUUGAAGAGGAGUCCGCAAGCAUGGCCGACCUCAUGGUUGCUGGAGGUGUGCCUCCUACCUCCAAUGGCAAGCCUGCCGCUUCUUUCCGUCCCACUGCCGGUCCGGGUCAGACGAGCUCGCCCUCUGGCAUCAGAGGCCCGAGGAUGAUCAUGCAGGAGCGUGCUGCCAGAGAGGCGCGACAACGCGCCGAAGCAGAGCAGCAGCAGCGCGAGAGGGCUGAACAAGAAGCGCGCAUCCUGGAGCAGGCACGGAGAGCAGAAGAGCAGCGUAGAACUGCUGGCGUUGCUGCUGGGCAGGUUAGUGGCGCCGAAGCGCGUGAGCCCGUCAACCCUCAGCGACAGGCGCAAGUCGCCCCCGAAACCACCACAGCCCGAGCAAGGGCAUCUACUACUUCCCAAGUACCAACCGCACGACAUGGGCGCUCAGCUUCCGCCGCCCAGGUGCCUCCUCAGACCUACACAGGCCCAGCAACCACAGCACAGCCUGUCUUUGCCGCACCAGGUGCUGACGGCGGAGCCCAGACAGCUGCCGGCGGUGCCAGCGGCUCAAAACCGCGCAAUUCGUUCCCUCAUGCCUUUGAGCGUUGGGAGACAUUGUCUGCUCAUUGGGAGGGUCUCACUAGUUAUUGGAUCCGAAAACUUGAGCAGAACAAGGACGAGUUGAACCGCGACCCUCUUAACCAGCAGCUCGCCCGCCAGGUGACGGAUCUAUCUGCCGCUGGCGCGAACCUCUUCCAUGCUGUUGUCGAGCUGCAGCGUCUCCGCGCGAGCUCCGAGCGCAAGUUCCAGCGCUGGUUCUUUGAGACACGAGCUGACUUGGAGCGCGCACAAGAAGUUAACGCCCUCCUAGAGGCUGCCUUGGAACAGGAGAGACGCGGUCGAGCCGACGCCAUCCGAGAGGCUGUUGAGAACGAACGAGGGACCUCAAAGGCCCAGAAGCAGCUCACCGAAAUGCGAAAAGAGCUUUCCAUAUCCAAGGAGGAGGCACGACGAGCAUGGGAGGAGCUGGGACGACGAGAGCAAGAGGAGCGCGACAGAACUCUUUCUCUGCAGUCCGGACAGCCUACCAUUGUGGGAGGCGUCCAGGUCGUGCCCAUGACCCAAGGUCCCAGCCGAUCUCGAGGUCAAGCCGCCUAUCAGACUGAAUAUGGACAGGGUUACCCGCCUGAAGUGACAGCAUCUCCGCAAGGCCAGCCUCCUGUGACUGCCGGCGGUGAGGGAUACCUCCAGCCCGUCCCGCCAGGUAGCAGCGGUGGCUAUCAGGCGCCAGUGUCAGAGGGUGGUUACAGCGAAGGUGAGUACGUCAUUGAUGCCAAUGGGAACUUCAUUCUGGAUGCCCAAGGCAACAAGAUUCCUUUCGCUGCACCACCCUCGACGUAUUCGGAUUCUGAUCCUGAAGCAGAAGAGUAUGAGACGCCUGCCACCACCAACCCACCAAGUGGUAAACAAGAGUCUCCCUCAACUUCUGCAGGUGGCGGUCAAUGGACUGGCACAUACUCGGAUCCUCAGGACUAUUCUGGCCAAGGUUACGGCGCCCCCGGCUGGGAGACAGUUCCUCGACAUCACCACCCCACGAGGCUGAGCGAUGUCAUGGAAGAGGAAGAUGAGCGUAGCCGGGCCAGCACAAGUCGCGUCUAG